CCCAUGGGUUGUGCAAUUCUGUUGGGAGUAAGUGACCUCCAAGACAGGACAGGGACUGCAGGUGGCCUGGGCAAAGGGGCUGGAGACCGGACGUGGCGAGCAGACUCAGGGCUUGACACACACAAGCACACACAAAAGAGGCCGGAAAGUGUCCAGAGGAAACCGGUGCGUCACGGGACGCAGCGUGCCUGGCCGGUGCCGCGCCCGCCCCGCAGCCCGGUCCGGUCCCGCCGCUGAGCCCGCCGCUCGCCGCCCGCCGCCUCCGAUGAGACUCCUCCCGCUGCUCGUGGGUUUUGCCACUUUGUUGAGUUGUUCCCACACGCAAAGUUGCACCAAGACCCGUUGCCUCCCAAAUGCAAAAUGUGAAAUACACAAUGGAGCCGAAGCCUGCUAUUGCAACGCGGGAUUUUCAGGAAACGGCGUCACAAUUUGUGAAGAUGACAAUGAGUGUGGAAAUUUAACCCAAUCCUGUGGUGAAAAUGCUAACUGCACUAAUACAGUGGGAAGUUAUUUUUGUAUGUGUGCCCAAGGGUUUAGAUCCAGCAGUAACCAAGAGAAGUUUAUCACCAAUGAUGGAACCUUCUGUAUAGAUAUAGAUGAGUGCAGUGAAUCGUUUGUCUGUGGCGAACACGCAGUCUGUGAAAAUGUGAAUGGUGGCUAUCACUGCUUCUGCAAACUGGGUUAUCAGACGUCCACCGGAAAGGCACAGUUCACACCAAGUGAUGGUUCUUAUUGUCAAGAAAGUGUAAACACAAACUGCUAUUUAGAUAAUGCCUGUAUCACUGCAAAUGUCAACAAAACUUUACAAAAACUUGGAACCAUACGAGAACCUGUGACUUUCCUACAGGAAAUCUAUAGAAAUUCUGUGACUGAUAUUUCACUGAUGGAUAUAAUCACAUAUGUAGAAAUAUUAUCUAAAUCAUCCCCGUUAUUAGGUUAUAUGAAUAACACUAUUUCAGACAAGGACACCCUGUCUAAUUCAACUCUUACUGAAUUUGUGAAAACCAUGAAUAAUUUUAUUCAAAAGGAUACAUUUAAAAUUUGGGACAAAUUAUCUUCAAGUCACAGGAAAACCCAUCUUACAAAACUGAUGCAUACUGCUGAGCAAGUUACCUUAAGGAUUUCUCAGAACUUCCAAAAGAUCACUCAGUUUGACACAAAUUCAUCGGAUGUAGCUCUCAAAGUUUUCUUUUUUGAUUCAUACCCUGUGAAACAUGUUCAUCCCCAAUUGAAUAUGGAUGGAGAUUGUAUAAAAGUGUUUCCAAAGAGAAAAGCUGCCUACAACUCAGAAGGCAAUGUUGCAGUUGCAUUUUUAUAUUACAAGAAUAUUGGCUCCUUGCUUUCAUCAUCUGACAACUUCUUAUUGGAUCCUCAAAUUUCUGACAAUUCAGAAGAGCAGGAAAGGGUCAUCUCUUCAGUGAUUUCUGUCUCCAUUAACUCAAAUCCACCCACACUGUAUGAACUUGAAAAAAUAACAUUUACAUUAAGUCACAUGAAGAUCACAGGGAAGGAUAAGACUCAGUGUGUUUUUUGGAACUACUCAUCUGAUACCAUGAAUGGUACCUGGUCCCCAGAGGGUUGUGAAGUAACAGAUUCAAAUGAAACCCACACCACAUGCUGCUGUAAUCACCUGACACAUUUUGCAAUUUUGAUGUCUUCUGGCUCCUCAAUUGGUGUUAAAGACUAUAAUAUUCUUACAAGGAUCACCCAGCUAGGAAUAAUUAUUUCACUGAUUUGUCUUGCCAUAUGUAUUUUUACCUUCUGGUUCUUCAGUGAAAUUCAAAGCACCAGGACAACAAUUCACAAAAAUCUCUGCUGUAGCCUGUUCCUUGCUGAACUUGUUUUUCUCAUUGGGAUUAAUAUAAAUACUAAUAAGCUCUUCUGUUCAAUUAUCGCUGGACUACUACAUUAUUUCUUUUUAGCUGCUUUUGCGUGGAUGUGCAUUGAAGGAAUACACCUCUAUCUUAUUGUUGUGGGAGUCAUCUACAACAAGGGAUUUUUGCACAAGAAUUUUUAUGUCUUUGGCUAUCUCAGCCCAGCUGUGGUAGUUGGAUUCUCAGCGUCAUUAGGAUACAGAUAUUAUGGCACCACUAAAGUGUGUUGGCUUAGCACAGAAAACAACUUUAUUUGGAGUUUUAUAGGACCAGCAUGUCUAAUCAUUCUUGUAAAUCUCUUGGCUUUUGGAGUUAUCAUAUAUAAAGUUUUUCGUCACACUGCUGGACUGAAGCCCGAAGUUAGCUGCUAUGAGAACAUAAGGUCCUGUGCAAGAGGAGCCCUCGCUCUAUUGUUCCUUCUUGGCACCACCUGGAUCUUUGGGGUUCUUCAUGUGGUGCAUGCAUCAGUGGUGACAGCUUACCUCUUCACAGUCAGCAACGCCUUCCAGGGAAUGUUCAUUUUCUUAUUCCUGUGUGUUUUAUCUAGGAAGAUCCAAGAAGAGUAUUACAGAUUGUUCAAAAAUGUACCUUGUUGUUUUGGAUGCUUACGGUAAACAUGGAAAACUAUGGAUAAUUACAGCUGAGAGAAAUUGAAAAUCCAAGUUGUAGAUGACCAAUGUGUAAAACUGACUCAAUACUAUAAUCCAGUUAUUAUUUACUAGAUAAUCAAAUAUUCUGAGCUUGGAUUUUAUCUGUUUCCAGUGUAAGAGUUGUAUAUAAUAAAGGUAAAGUUAUGUACUAUAUAGCUAUAGUAUGUUUUACUACAUGACAUACUUAUGUCAAAAUAAUACUGUAGAUAUUGGGGAAGUGAUUGGUUUCUCAAGAGUGAUAUCACUUUAUCCAAGGAGAGAUUUCUUUCUAGCACAAGAAAUAUAUGAAUGUCCUGAAGAAUACCACUGGCUUGAUAUUUUUGUGUCUCAUGUUGUCUUUGAAACUAGUCCCUUACCACCUUGGUAAUGAGCUUUGUUACAAAAAUCAAAAUGUAAGAGAAAGAAGGGGCAGAAUGUAAAGCGAGAAAAAGGAAAUGGCUGUUAUGAGGAUGAGAUGUAUUCUGAAUAAAUUUGCUUCUCUAUCAGAUAGAUAAGAGGUUUUUGAGAUAAAAUAAAAAAUUGGAAUAAACA